AACAUGGCCGAAGGAGGGUCGGGUAAAGGUGGCGGAGAAGACCCCGCCAAGUCCGCCGAGCAGGAGGAGGACCGCACUCGACCUCAGGUCCUGUCGGGAUCGGGCUUCUGCAAAUGGUUCAACGUCCGGAUGGGAUUUGGAUUUAUCUCAAUGACCAACAGCGAAGGGAGCCCCGUUGACCCCCCUCUGGAUGUUUUCGUCCACCAAAGCAAACUAGUGAUGGAGGGCUUCCGCAGCUUAAAGGAGGGUGAGCAGGUGGAGUUCACCUAUAAGAAGUCCUCUAAGGGCCUAGAGUCCCUGCGGGUGACCGGACCUGGUGGGGGACCCUGUGCAGGCAGUGAGAGGAGACCCAAAGGGAAGGUCCCAUUGCAGAAACGCAAACCAAAGGGAGACCGCUGUUAUAACUGUGGAGGUCUGGAUCACCAUGCCAAGGAGUGUGGCCUGCCCCCCCAGCCAAAGAAAUGCCACUACUGCCAGAGCAUCACGCACAUGGUGGCUCAGUGUCCCCACAAGGCGCUGGCGCCCGCCACAGGCUCUCAGGACCAACAUGCGUCUACCUCGGCCUCUAGCCCAGGGACCGGGCCUUACCUCUCUCUCCCAGAGGAAGAGGAGCGCUCUGGCUCGUCUCCUCUGGAGGGCUCCUCCUCUUCCCCCGAGGAGCCCCAUACACAACGUGGCUCUUGGACCCAGAGGUGGAGGAAAUCCUGAAAUAGUCCAUAGGGAUGAAUCUUUCACCGCUAGCCUCUGACACCUCAU